GUGGGAGCGCGGCGCGGCGCAGGCAGCAGCGCGGAGGGGCCGGCGGUGCCGCAGCCUCGGCAGUAGCAGCAGCAGCAGCGGUAGCGGUGUCCUGUCCUGUCCUGACCCGACCCGACCCGACCCAGCGCUUAAGAUCUGGAACGGCGCUGGAAACUCCUGGUUAUCCAUCUCUCUUGCCCAUCAAGAGAUUCCUACGGUAUUGAUUGACUGGUCCAUGCAAGUGACCGUGGGAAUCUGUUACCAAUGAAGUCGAGGAACUUAUUUAGGAAGGUCCAGGAGGAUGAGGUGCCUCCAAAGCCCACCAGCACCGAGAUGCCCGUGACGAGCAUGGACAAUGCGACUCAUGCCACAAGCCAUGAGAAGGACAAGGACUUGUUCACCAAGCUUAGCGACUUUGCCAAGGAAAGAUUUAAGGAAGGGAUACAGAAAAUUCCCUUGCCUCCAUGGGCCCUGAUAGCCAUUGCUGUGGUAGUUGGCCUGCUCUUCCUCACCUGCUGCUUCUGCAUCUGCAAAAAAUGCUGCUGCAAGAAGAAGAAAAACAAGAAGGAGAAGGGCAAAGGCAUGAAGAAUGCUAUGAACAUGAAAGACAUGAAAUCAGGGAACCAGAACAAACAGGACGAUGAAGAAGAGACAGGUCUAACAGAAGGAGAAGGCGAGGAGGAGGAAAAAGAGCCAGAGAACCUGGGCAAGCUGCAGUUCUCACUGGAUUAUGAUUUCCAGGCUAACCAGCUGACAGUGGGGAUCCUCCAAGCAGCUGAGCUUCCAGCAUUGGACAUGGGUGGCACCUCGGAUCCAUAUGUAAAAGUCUUCCUGCUCCCUGACAAGAAGAAGAAGUAUGAGACCAAAGUGCAGAAGAAGACUCUCAACCCUGCCUUCAAUGAAACUUUUACCUUCAAGGUUCCCUACCAGGAGCUGGGCGGGAAAACUCUGGUGAUGUCUAUCUACGACUUUGACCGCUUCUCCAAGCAUGAUAUCAUUGGGGAGGUCAAGGUGCCCAUGAACACGGUGGACCUGGGCCAGCCCAUCGAGGAGUGGAGAGACUUGCAGAGCGGCGAGAAGGAGGAGCCAGAGAAGCUGGGAGAUAUCUGCAUCUCGCUGCGGUAUGUACCCACUGCGGGGAAGCUCACCGUUUGCAUCCUGGAAGCAAAGAACCUGAAAAAGAUGGACGUCGGGGGUCUGUCUGAUCCGUAUGUGAAGAUCCACCUGCUGCAGAAUGGCAAGAGGCUGAAGAAGAAGAAGACCACUGUCAAGAAGAAGACGCUAAACCCUUACUUCAAUGAAUCCUUCAGCUUCGAGAUUCCCUUUGAACAGAUACAGAAAGUGACAGUGGUGAUCACCGUCCUGGAUUAUGACAAGCUGGGGAAGAAUGAAGCUAUUGGCAAGAUAUUUGUUGGCAACAACUCCACCGGCACAGAGCUGCGGCACUGGUCUGACAUGCUGGCUAACCCCAGGCGGCCCAUUGCCCAGUGGCACUCCCUGAAGCCUGAAGAGGAGGUGGAUGCAGCUCUUGGGAAAAACAAAUAGGAAUCCCCAUAGCCCAGCCUGCGAACGUUCUCAGCAACCCAGAGCUAUUGAUACCUCAGUUAUGCAACCUUAGGUUUUGGUUUUCUUUUGGUUUUAAGCUGAAAUACCCUUUGAUGGCUGUGGAAGGGUUCCCAGACAGUCCCAAGAGCUUUCAGAGGAAGACGUUAAAGACACAGAUGGUUUUUUCCAUUCUUUAAAGAAGCUUAACUGUGCUGCAUGUCCACCAUUUCUCCAUGCUAUUCCUUUAGGGUGUGAAGUAAGUUUCUGUCCUGGGGUCUCCCUAGGCUGUGGCAUCACCAGUCCACAGCAACACUUCUUCCUUUCUUUUUUGGUUACACACUUGGACCUUUGAACUUUGUGCUAAGAUGAUACCAGAGCUUGACAAGGUGAGAUGACCAGAUACACUGUGCUUGCUUUGGGGAUGAACACAAGCGGACUAUGAGAGUCCAUGGAGAAGACCUCUAAUGAACAUCUGGACACCUUUCUGCUUCGCCUCUUGAUUCCCUUCAUCCCUGUUAGUUGUCCAGCAAAGAGUGAGAAGCAGCGUGGAGAUGGGAGCGCCUGGAAUCUGUUGAACAUCAGCAGGUUUAGCUCCUUCUGGUGAGAGCUGCAUUGCUUGGCAUUCACCUGUGGGACAUCACUGCCCAGUGGUACCUAGGCUGGGUAUUGAGCCUUCCAGCCCCAGCAACUGGAGGCAUAUGGGAGGAGCCACAGGAGACUGCUCGCUUUGGUAACAAGACACGUACGAUUCCAGUUUCAGUGUAGGAAGGGGAAAGGAAUUGUAGUUUCUGAAGAAUAGUGGCCGCGUCUACACAAGAUGCUACUGUGCAGUGGUUACUGUAUAAACAAGUACUAAAUAAAUGUGCAGCAACUGAAGUUACUGUGCAGUAGUGCCAGCAAAUGCCUUUUUUUGAUGCCUACUGCGCGGUAGCCUAAUACUACCGUGCAAGAGCAUCUGGGCACGGUUUUUGCCAUGUGAUGCUACUGCGCAGUCAGCGUCUCGUGUAGACGUGCCCAGUGUUAUUGAAAUGACCAGGCAUGGCAGACGUACAGUUUUAGCCAGAUCUGAGAACCCCUUUGCUGCUCAGAAAAGCCCUGUGCUGAACUGCCCAAAUGGCUGUUUGAGCUUCUGUAGUCUCCAUAUGGGCUAAAUGCCAUCCUAAAGAUGACAGCUGUGGGUUGCUCUGCACACAUUUCCUAUCAUGCUUUGCACUGCCAUACUUCUAAGGAUAUUUGACUUAAACUUGUGCAGAACCACCAGGAAGGUUUCAAGUGUAAGGUAUUCAGCAUGCCGGAGGUGACCACAUGGAGAUAAUAGUUGUCAGAGGCAUAUGAGUUGCUAUAACUGCUCCAGCAUCUGGCCUUUGAGGGUUGCAGGAAGCCUGGUGAGUGGUAUCUGGGAGAAAGUCACCUGCAGUGAGAUCUAGGGUAAACUCUUUGUGUGUUUGGCUUUGCUCUCCGCACCCAUGGCAUAAUCUACUUUAAGGCUGCCGCUCCAGGCUCUGGCAGUCCAUUCAGAGCAUGAGGGAAGUAGCCAGCUGGAGGGGGUUCCCUCCCCAUACCAGUGUCACACAGAUCUGAAAGGGGUGCUCCCAUGUGAUGAGGGAGAAUGAAUGCAUACCAAACCAGGGACCAAAGACACCCCAGUGGCCAAGGUAUCUGCUGCUCACUACGAGGCUGGUUGGAUGGUAAGCACAUUCUAGUUCCUUUGUUUCCCUACAGAUAUAAGCCAUAACCAUGUUGCUGACCAGUAUCUGCACUGAUUAUUAAAGAGCUUCUCCGCUUUACCAUUCCCCUGGGCACAAAGACUGGUGAAUGUCCUAAACCCCUGGCUCUCUUCCUUGAUGGCCGUGGGGGCUGGGACACAACUUGAUAAGGAAAAGCGCUUGUAUCAUUCCCGUGCCACAACUUUUGCCAACAGAACAAUAGGAACUACCAACCCCUUCCUGGUUCAGCCCACUCUGUGCUGGAGUGUAUGAGCAAGCAAGCCAAUUUCCAUUUUCCUGCCUGUAAUUCCCAAGAGGCUUUGAAUUUUGUUUGCUGUGUCUCAGUUCAACCAAUCCACGGGUUGGAAGUAUCUGAUAAACAGCCUUGCUUGGGCUUCCUCCUGUCUAUCUUUCAGUCUAAUGCUGAUGCAGUCUGGCCAUUUCAGACAAUGGAGCCCCCUCUGAAGCAGAGUGGCCAUCUGGUACAGAGUAUUCUUGCAAAGGUUGGCCAGCAGGCUGUACCAUCCCUGAGUAUCAACUAUAUUUUCCUGCCAGUGAGAUGGUUUGCACUGAGGACGAGUCUCCCAAGGAAAGUGCCAGGUGUCUCAUAGUUUGGGACUGGCCCCCAUCAGUAGCAAAUGCCCUUUAAGGAAUAGUCUCAGCUUGGCAAAGCAAGUGGACUUAGUGGAAGUUGACACAUCUGACCAGCCCCAUGCCCUGGCAGUUUAUAAGUAAGCUGCAGAACUGAGCAGGCACUGACAUUAUGGUUUUUAGUGACCAGGAAUAGUCUUAGGUGACACAUAAACUGCGAGGGCAGUGAUCUUGGAGUCGAUGGGGGCUGGACCCCUGUGUUUGGGACACCUCCCUGAGGGUGAAUUUCACACUGCAUGAAGGACCUCUGCCCCUGCAGUGCUGGGGCUUCUCUGAUGCUGAGGCUUGUCUGCCCUGGGGGCAGUGCUACCAGGUAGGAACGGCCCAGCUCACUUGGAGUCUGGGGAAGGGACAGGGUAUUUUACCCUGCCUUCCCCUAGGGUCCAGGGGAAGCAGGAGGCUAGGCACAGGGUCAGCUGGACUUAAGCUCAAAGAAAGCAGUGCUGGCAUCUAGAUUCACCCUGAAUCUCUCCUGCCUCUCCUCUCCUCUCCCCCCGCCCCCCCUCCCAGGUUCUCUUUGGUCCCCUCAUUUCAGUUACCCACCGAGCCUCCUUAAGUAGGUGUGCUGCAUUGCCAGGUCCCAGCCCAGGUCAUUCCAUUCAUAAGGCAAGGAAGAAGAGAAGUUAGGCUCAAGCCCCUGUCAGGAGCAGCCUAAAUCAGUGUUUGAAGGGCAGGCCUAGACUAACCCAUUACCCCUGGAGCAGCAGCACCAACCAGGGCAUAGCCCAGGUAUUCAGACCCCCGCUGAACAUUUUGCACAGCUCAGAACAUGCCCUAGCACGUUGCUGCUAUGUGCACGUAGGAACUGCCCACAGGCACACAUUUAAAUCCCAUCCCUCUGCCAUAUCACUGAUUGGCUCGUAAGCUCUUGUUUUAAAAAAAAAAAAAAAUGCCCCAUAUUUCCAGUGCAGACAGAGCUGACAGUGCCUGUGGGACGCUCUGGAUCUGUACAUGAGACCUAAGAAGCGUUACCUUCAUGCCUGAUUCCAUUUCAUUGCUGCAUGAUGGCAAAAGUCAAGCUGCUCAAAGGCCUGGGAGGCAACUGCAAGGGUUGCACUCUGCAGAACUUGCAGGCACCCUGCUCAGCUGUGUCCAAACUCCUGGUGCUUUUGUUGCUUUAAAGGGUGACAGGAAAGGAAGCAAAUCAGCCUUCAGAGGGUUAAAAUAUAGUUCUGUUUAAAGCCACAGUGUUCCCGGCUUUGCUUAAAUACUGGUACAACUCGCGUGGGGGGGUGCGUGCACACGUGCGCAUGCAUGCACACACACCUACAUGUACACAUAACAUGGCUGCGUGAGCUUUCAUAAUUAGGGGCCAGCCCAAAAUAGAAAUUGUUAAUGGGAUUUUUAUUGAACCAAGAGGUGCAAUAAAUGCCCACGGCUUAUGCUGUCAAAAAUGCCACCAAUAAGUGCAUUGUCUUGUCAGCAUCUGCCCCCAUUGGCGGGGGGGGGGGGUCUUCCAUUCCCAUGGUGCCCAGUAACACUGACCUCACACCAGUUACAUUAAAUCAGGAUGUAACUCUAGAGUCCCCUACAGUGGAACAUGCCUUUUUUUUGGUUCAGUUUCUAUUAAUAGAGAUCAUUAAGCAUGUAAAAACAUUGGUUUGUGGGAGCUGGUGAGAUCAAUAGGAAAUCAGCCCAGUUCAGCUGGCACAUGCACACGCACAUGGACACACACGCACACACACCCUCCCAGCUGUACAGUCAGAAGUAUUCCCAGUGCUACUGUCUCCAGUCAGGAGGUGGCCUGUUGCCACUGGUGCCGUGGCAGUGAGACUGGGAGUGAGUCUUGCUGUUUGAUGGGGGCGCGUGGGUUCCUCGGGACCUGUUUAAAAGUGGGGGAGCCUGUGACUUUAAGACACAGCAACUUUUUUUUGUUUUUUUGUUUUUCAAUAAAAAGUGGGGGGGGGGGACAAACCUACUCAAGCCAUCUGAGCCUCAUCCGAACCCUUCAUUUGUGUGUGAUUAUAUAUAAAAUGCUAGUGCUGUAUAUCAAAACCAGAAAAUCACCAACCUUGUGAACAAUGCAUGAGAAACAAUCACAGUGUAAAUAGCAGCAUGGUUAAAGCUGACGCCACGCCCCUCGCACACCCGUGGGUCAUUGUCCCUCUUGCAGAACACACCUGGGCUAUGGUGUCAUUUUUUACAUAUGGCGUGAAUGACUAUUUUACCUGAUGAGAUAAGAGUGAGACCGAUACGAAGGCAGGCAGCCAGCCAGCCAGAAAUCUUUAUUACCCAAGCGAGUGGUCUCAACAAUGUAAGUUUAUUUUCAAUAAAAAAUAAUAAUAAUUUAAAAAAAAAGGGAAGGAACAAAGCAUGCCUGAUCCAUUCAAAAUGUCUGGGGGGGGUGAACUACAGCCCAGUCUGGCAGUUAAUUACAUGUGUCUUGUAACCUAUACUUGCAAAACUGUAGCUUGUUGCAUUUAUGCCAUGUCCAGGUAGCAGCAGCAUUGUGGCUUCGGCGUCCUGUGUCGUGUUGAUGCAUUUCCACCGUAAAAGCAAACUUUAGAAGCCAUAUUAGAUCCCGGCCUGCCAGGAUCCUUGAGUGGGGUUGGCCAGCAGGUGAUCCUCGACUCCCCCGCCCCCUCUUGUGGUGUCUGUUCAGGAACUCCUGGUCCUCGUUUCCCUAUGGGCGGAGAGAGGUUGCUGGCUCAAGGUGCUGGCCUACCCCUUGAGUUCAUUUUUUGAGCCAUGAAUGUCAGCUCCAAGUCUUGACUGAGGCCAAGGUCCAAGCCAGAGCCUGGCCAUGCAGGGCUUGAACUGUUGUGGUUCUGCGGUGCUGGGAUCCCGGUGGCCUGUGACAGGGGUAAAUGCCCAGGUCCUUCCUUGAGCAAACUCCCACUGCCCAGCUAAGGCCUGAGUCAGUCAAAAGGGAACAACAUCUUUACCCUAACUGUGGCAUUGUCUGUCCUAUCCUGAGUUGCUCCAGGGAAUUAAAAGCAAAGCAGAUCUGAUAGCUGCACCGUCAGAUGCAAGUGUUGUCUAAUCACUGGCACUAUCCUUUCCCAGCCAACAGCAGACAGACCAUCCCAGUGCUCAGCAUAGAGGGGCGAGAUGGUGUCAGAACCCGCCUGGGACUGGUACUCUCCCAGGUAGGAGAAGGGCAGGUACGGGCCAGGCUGUGCUCCCUAACUCUGCCACUGACUCCUUGUGCGGCCUUGGGCAAGGCUGAUGCAAUAUGCUCAAAGCUUUGGGUCUAGGGUCUGGAGCCAGAGCAGCAGAGAGGUGGCCACAUGUUCAGGUGCUGUUUCAUUUGGGGGCUUCCCCCUUCUCAUGCCCCCUCCAGUGAACACCUGUUUCACCUGGAAUUAAAGCCAUUCCCUUUCCAUGCAAAUUUGGAUAGUCCUGCUGAGGGGCUGGGACCAAACUUUGCGCUGCCUUUGAAAUCUGGUUUGGAGCUGGUGCAGGCCAGGCGCCACCACUGUGGGCCCUGCCAGGGAGGGGGAGGCAGGCACGUGCCACUGGAUUGAGGGGCACUAGGACCACUACUAAAACUCCUACCUGCUGCUGCACUUUGUCCACUGGCAUCUCCUAGUGCACCCAGUGGCACAUGCCUGCCUAGUCACGCUGAUCACCACAGAUGGGCCUGCAGAUUGCAGGGAUUUGGGCUCAGAUCCCGGAGGCUGAGGCUCCUUCCUCUCACUGAACUCCAGCUGCCCUGAUGGGAUAGGCUGCAGACUCACUUCUGCACCUGAUGCUCUUUUUCUGAAGGGUUAAUUCUGUGAAAUGACUUGUUCCAAGAGUUGAUCCUCCCUCCCGUGCAGCCUGAGUGCCAGGAGCACCUGGUGAGUCGAGCCUCCGCAGUCUGAGCCUGAGCUGUACUGAUAGGCGGUGAUUAGACACAUGGCUUUAGCCUCCCCCCACAUUAGUUUAAUCCCUUUUCUGAGCAGGAGUAAAGAUUGGCUAGAAGUCACAGAUGCCCCUUAGGGAGAAGAGGUAGAUGACCAUCAUUAGGACAGUUCAGCUGAUAACCUGUUUCCUGAGUCCCCCUGUUUGGGGCAUCCACCUUAGAGCAUCUGGGCUACUGCCGAGGUGCGUGGCAGGGAGCAACGUUCGCCCAGUGCGUUAACAGGAUAACCUCCAUCAGCACGUGGGCCUGACUGUAGUGAGCUUGGGCAAAUUUGUACCUAAUUGCCAUUGUUCUGGGGUCCUAGCCAGAGGCUCUGAAUGACUGUCUUCCUGCUGCUGCAGCACUAUCGUGCCCACGCCAACCUGGAUUGUCUGGUCAGGCAUCCAAGCUUCCAUGCUGCCCCAUUUUCUCCUUGAGUUGGCCCAGGAGCAAAAUUCAGUCUUCCACAAAGCAGCUGGGAAAGGUAGAUGCAAGGGCACCCCAGUGCAGGCCUCAGGAACAAGAUGCAUGAAGGGCAGGGCUCUGGCAUGUGGGGAGGGGGCUAGGAUGCUGCUGGCUAGAAGCUCAGCUGCAGCCAAGGCUGGGGAUGUUGACUAGACUGUGCCAAUUCUCCUGCUGGGACUAAAGCCCAGAGGUUCCUGGCUAGAGAGUCUUGCCCCUCCACUCCAGGUCAGACCAAUCGCCACAUUGGGGGCCGGGAAGGAGUUUGACCCCCUGGUCAGAGUGGCAUGGGGCAUGGGGGUUUUGCCUUCCUCUAUAGCAGGGGGCACAGCCCUCUUUGGAGAUCUCUUGCACAUAUUCUACCAAUCCUUACAGCAGCAGGACAUGGAUCACCACUGUUACCUGGGGCCAGCGAGGGCGCUGUGCCUUGGGGCUGUGCAACAGGGUUGACUCUGUAGCUUGAGUAAUCCGUUAGACAAGGCUUUGUAUGGGAUAGCUUGGAUAGGGAUGAGCCUGCCUCGGGCAGGGGCUGGGCUAGCUGGCCUUCCAGCCCUGCUUCUCUGAUUGAGCUGCACAGAGAGGAGGUGGUGAUGUUUAUAAAGGACACUCUGCAAUGCAGGGAGGGACAAAGAAGCCCUUGAGUGAAUUUGGAGCGGCCAGGUUUCAGCGCAGAGCCUAGGGCCUGUGUGUAGUGGGAGGGUAUAAGCUGCAGGGACCUCUUGUGCUGGGCAGGAAUCCUGUGAUCUACUGGUGUGAAGUGAAGCCCAAGGUAGGUCAGUCACAUGCCAGCCCACAUAGGACUAGGACCAGCCUCUGAAGCAAAGGGGAGCUGACCAGGGAAGGGACUCGCCCAAGGUCAUCCAGCAGGCCAGUGGCAGAGCCAGGAAUGGAGCCCUCAUGAGCACUUGCCCAGCCUGUUUCAAGCCUACCUGCUGCCCAAACUGCCCGUUCACUCCAAAGAGCAGCACAGGGAGCAAAGUAUCUGUAGGGUGAGGGCAGGAGCACCAGGGAGAGGCACAGCCCUGGGGAGUUGCAGCCCUGUGCUCCUUGCCCAGCAAAAGGCAUGGGAUGGGUGAAGACAUCAGGCUGCUUCCUCCGUAUCCCUGGCUCAGCGACUCAGGCAACAGCCUGCCAGCCUCACAGACAUCCUGCCACUCUAGGGAAGGGAAGGGAAGGGAUCCAAGCCUUCAAAACCCAACAUUCAAGCAAGGCCCAGGUUGGGGCAUGGGGUAUCCUGAGACCUUGGCCCUGCUGCUCCCUCUCCCAAGGUGUAUUUGUAUGAUCUCCCUCCUUGUCUCUCACCAACGCCAACCUCCACUCCCAGCCCCCCCCACCCCAGUCCCCUGCCCUUCCCGAGUGUGCCACGGUCUCUGCAGCACUGAACACCGGCAGGAAACUGCUUUUAAUGCCCCCCACCCUCAUGUGGACUCUGUCGUUUCUGUCUCUAUUGUCAAAUUGUUAUUUUGUAACAAUACAUGUCUCCUUAUUAAAGAAACAAGCUGAAAGAA